AUCUCUUUCCGUCUCUAUUGACUCUUUCUUGAGUGUCUCAGUGUCUUGAAUGUGACAUGGCGUCCAUCAAGAUAUAUCACGGCCUUCUGUAAAGACCGUUUUAAUGACAGUGGACUCAUUUUGAAUUUUAUUACAGAGGCCGUAAUAAAUCGUAUAUUUGCAUUGAUGGUAAUGCAUGCAAGGAAACCUCAGCGAAUAAGUGAUGGGUACUUUGAGAAGCAUCAGGCCCAUCCGUACCAGAAAUACAAUUCCAAAAGUGACAGAAGAGGUCCAAAUGACUAUGUCUCUUCUGACAACCGAUACACUCUGCUCCGUUCUCCCAAUGGCAAUGUCUCAGCUCACGGUCAUAGCACACACUCAAGCCAGUCAAGCCACGCCCACCAUCACUACAGUCAUGUGGCAGAUGACAGAGGAUAUGCAACGUCAAGAAAUUCCUACAUGCCCAAAGGUCCUGAGAAGGAGAGAGAUAGAGACUUCAAAUCCUCUAGAAAUAAGUACACAGACAGUGUCAGAUCACCCAAGGAACGUAGUAAAGAUAGUGAGAGAGAGAGGAGUAAUCAUGAACGAAAUGAACCUGAGAAAAAGAGUAGGACUAGUGGCAUGAACAUUAGUGUUAGUAGAAGUAAUAAAUAUGACAAAAGAAGUGUACCAUCAGCUAGCGUGCUACCUGGGAGUGAAUGGUCGGAACAUAUUAGUUCGUCUGGAAAGAAGUAUUAUUAUAAUUGUAUCAGUGAAGUGUCUCAGUGGGAGAAGCCACGAGAAUGGGACACAAGAAGAACUUCAUCCAAAGAUUCUACAUAUUCAUCCAGAAGUAAUCGUGAUAAACGUUCGAGUUCUCGAUCCGAGAGGCGGGAAUCCGAGAAAUCUAGUAGAAGAACCAAUAACACUUCAGAAAGGUAUUGGAGCAGCAGCGGCCGCGACGAGGAUGUGCACGAUAGACCACGGUCGAAACACCCGGCUCCCGCGCAUGACGGUAAAGAUGGCCAGGCAUUACAAGAUAUGGACAUUUCACCAGACAGGAGUACACCUCUCUCUGAGAAUUCGUAUGGAAUCAGGGAAACGAACUCAACGUCCCGAAAUAACACGGAAAGUAAUGCGGUACCUCCCGUUGUUGUUCUGGACAACUCAAAUCAACCGAGUGGUUCGCUUCUGGCCGCGGCUUUACCACGCAUCGUGGCCGCGCCCCCACCGAUGACAGUGGUGGCAGUGAACAACGUGAGCAUAUGCACUGGCCCGACGGUGAUCGUGGGGGCCGUGGGGCCUGCGGGGGCCACGCCGCCCGCCGUGGACGCGUGUGGUCCGGGCAGCGGCGCCGGCACGCCGCAUCGCGACGCCGGUCCGCCCACGCCUACACAUUCGGAGAACACAGACCCACAUGCGCCGCCUUUGCACCUAGAUCAAGCUCUACCACGAAAAAUGGAGUGUCUUGGGAGUUAUUCUUCUGUGGUGGGCGGCACGUUGCAUCACGCGCCGCCGAUGAUGACGCCUUCACUCGUGAACUACGUGCGGACGGACUUGACUUCGCACGUCACUGGUUGGCCCGCCGACAUAUUAGAGAAACAGGCUAACAAGUUCACGGAAGAGGCGUAUCAGUUGGGAUGUUUACAGUGCACUCGGGUCUCUGCCGAGUUGAAGUGUACUCGUUCGAUCGUUCGUCACACUGAGAUCCAAGCCACGUUACAAGAGCAAAAGAUUAUGUACCUGCGGCAGCAAAUCUCAAGACUGGAGGAGCUCAAGUCACAGAACUCCUUCAUGUCCGACGACUAGGAGUUGUGGUGGGGGAUGGCGACUGCCCCCAGUAACAACUCCGUGUCGUCGCUACAUCCUUGCGCUGCAUUUCUCACCCUCACGGGGGUACUUUCACACGUCAAAGCUAAACAUUGUUCAUUCCGUUCUUUCUAUGUAAUUUAGAUCAAAUGAUUACUGUUGUGUUGUGUGAUUUGAUGUUAAUGAGCAAUUAUUAUCGUAACAUUCGCCAGAAUUGGUCAAUUUGCAUUACGUGUAAAUUAUCAUUUAAAACCACAUUCAAAUAUUUGAUUAACAUUAAAACGUUUCGAAAUCAGGUUCGGUUUUAAAGGACCAAACUUUUGAAAAACUAACUAAUGGAUAUCGACCCCUUAAUUGCGUUACGACGGAGCUGUUUUUAGCGUAGGUACCGCACGAGAACGUUUACCGAUUUCUCUCACGUAGGAGCGCAAACUGCCGACAUGGCGAUUUGUAGAACAAAGCAGAGGAGAAUUCAUUAUAGUUUAGUAAAUAUUGCUUUUUAAGAGAUAAAUAACGAAACCCUUGAUUUGUUCUUUUUAAAUUGUUACUUCGUGUCUAAUUUAUUGAAUAUAUAAUUGUACGCAUAGAUGUAGGUACAAUUUAAUCUUUUAGAUUUUGUAGAAAGCCAUCAAUAUAGUGUUUGAGUCUAAGGCUAUUUUAGAUGAGAGUAAUAUCUUGCGUUGGGCAUUAGGCGUCAAGACGUAUGCUUCAAUGUCAAGCAUGCGGUAGACAUUGUAUUCGAUAUUUACAUUAAAUCAAUAAAGUUAGAUUAUUGUUUUUUAUAAAUUUUGAUGGACACAUGCUAAAACAUCCUCUCCACGUUAAAAUAUUCAAAAUAAAAAUAUACACCGUGUUAUUUACAUACUAUUUUUAAUUGCAUAUAGUAUGUUUCCGCAUUGUAUAAUUAUGAAGAGCAUCCUAUGCAAUCUCGGUGUUGUCAGAUGUAUCAUGAAGCUAACUUUAAAAAGUAACAAAAACUACAAUAAUUGUGCAUAAUAAUAAAUAUACUUAUUUCCUAUUCAUCAAAUCGGUAACAUAAAACUUUAAUGUAUUCUGACAAUGACUUGUGAGCCAACUAUUAAAGAUUUUUUAUCAGUUAAGUUGGUCAAUAAGAUUAAUUUGUAGACAUUUACGACAGACAUGAUUUGCCCUUAAAUAAGAUGGUCGAAUAUUAUUUUAAUUUUAUGUCUUAGAUGAGAACAUUGUUAAUGAGUGUUGUAUAGAUUUCCCAGUAGUGAAUAAUCCAUGAAUAAUAAACCACGUGUUACGUUGUCAUCGCUUUGCUGACAUAUUUUUUGUACGAUAUACAUUGGUUGGUUUAUCAAAAGUUGUAUUAUAAUACCUAACCUGAGUAGAAUAACACAUUAGAGACGGAAUAAUCGUUGACAAAAAAGCGAAGCGAAGCAGAAACACGAUGUCCGCACCUCUUUAAUAUUGGGCAAGCUUUUACUUUAAUUGUAUUAAAUUUUAAGUUAAUAGCUACGGAAUUGGCUAAUUGUGAAAGCAUGAUUUAAUGAAAUUAUCAUUUAGAUAGAUUUAAGUAGUUGCGAGCGUGACAAACGGAGCGGCGCGUGUCUCACGUGUUGGGACCCGAUAGUUUCAAUUUUCUGUUUCGCCUUUGACAUGUUACGUGUAUACAAUUAGUGGCUGUAGUGAUUGGGACACAAUUUCCUUUCUCUUUGUACUUUAAACAAUAACUGGAUGUCUUAGUAAAUAAAUUAUUUUUUAAAUGUAUGCUCUAUGGAGUCAAUUUCGAUGUUAUGAUAAUCUUUAUUUGUCAGAGUAAGGGUACAGUGUUUGUAAUGUGUUUAUUGUAAAGAUUUAAAUUAUUGAAUUAUUGCGUUGGUAGCGAAUAAUUUCUAUACUUUGAUAUGAGUGUUAAACAAAGCUUGUUGAUGUAGUGACUAGUGACCACUAGCGACCAUUAGUGAAUCGGUCUAUUUGCUCACUUGUCCGUGGCUGUAUUCUGUAAUCUGUCCCCAACUACAUUACUACAAGUUUGCGCUACAUUUAUUACAGUUUCAAAAGGUCUAAAAAAAUAUCACUUUCAUGCACCUUGCUGACACAGUGUUAAGUAUCAUGUAAUUAUGAAUUUUCAAUAUAACUAGCAGGCGAUGAAAACCAGUCUUAAAUUUGCGUACAGUCUGGCAUUGCAUAUGAUUUUAAUUAAUCAGAAGACAGUCUACUAACCGAUUGAAACUGUUGUAAUAGUACUCUCGUUUGUAUAUUUUGGAUCUUCUGUGACAGAUUGUACGAAUAUUGUUAUAGCAACAAAGUAUGCCUGCAAAUCGAAGUGGCGCGAGGAAGCAAAGCAGAGUUACAAUACAGGGUCAUUUUGACAUUGUAUUACCAAAUACCAUCACAUAUUUAUCUUCUUGGAAAUAAUACUUUACAAUAAGUUAUUUGAACCGUAGAUGUAAAAUAGAAAAGUGUGAACCAAAUAAAUAACUAUAAAAAAAUAAUUUAAUUUUAUAUGUCCUAAUGUACUACUACUCUACGAGAAUUCGGAUCAGCACCAAUAGCAUUUUUUUUUUAGUGGGAAAUACAUACACGUACACGCCAUUAUCUGACUAAACUACAAAAUGAUCUAAAAAUUAGAAAACUGAAAAUAUUCGUUUCUAAUUGACGAUUUUGGCGAAGUACAGAAGACUGUCUUUGUAUAAAUUAACUGAAUGUCAAAAUGACCGUGUAUAAUGUGUUGCUAACGAAAUUGAAUAAAGUUUAGGCUUUGGUCAUAUAUUUGUGCAAUUUUAUUAGUAAAUUGCAUUCCGUCGCUACACUUUGGUAGACGGGCAUUUUAAAGUUAAUAAAGUGUAUCACAGCUGAUGUUGAGAGAAAACGAAUAAAGUGUAAGUCAUUGCUAGUAAAGGUGGUCGAGUCAGAAUAUAAUCCACCAUUGUUAUAUAAACUAGGGCGCACACCGUCUGCCUCUCACCCUACAGGCUUCACGAUUACAUCUUCUAGAUGUAUUCCUUGUCACACUGCAUUAAUGUUUGGGUACUUGUUUUAUGACCACUAAGGCGUAACAUAAUUUUAAUUUGCCAUAAAAAAAUCAAUGAAGUUCAAGUCGUUUAGUCGCGUUGCGGCAGCCACAUUACACCGCAAGCAAUAAAUAUCUGCCAUGUAAUACCUUCUGUUAUACAGACGUGUCACACACCACAACUAUUAGUUUGGCGCAGUAUCUUUAGCCCGUGUGAUGUAUUGUGAAUUAAGCCUUAAUACAGUUCUAAGAGUUAACACUUAACCCUGGGCAUAAAUAAUGAACUGUUAAUUUAAGUUUGAUAUUUUAAACUAAAGUUAGGGUUAAAUAUCUCAAUUUAAGUUAAAAUAUCAAUAUUUGUAAAGUUUAAAAAGAUAUAAUUCGGUUUCAAUUGUUUUUGUCACCAUUAUGAGCAACUUGGGGAACCAAUUAACCAUUUCAAUUUGCAGAGAUAUUAGGUUAUAGUAUUAAAUACUUCCGUUAUAUGUUUUUUUUAUGAAGUUAGUGCCACCGGUAUUUUAUUUUUUUAAAGUAUUAAAGACAUGUUUACAUUUGAUUAUUAUAUUAUUAAGCAAACUGUAAUUUUCUGCUUGUGACAUUUUUAUGACUUAUCUUUUCCAUUUCGCAAAAUAAUCAAAGCUAUGAUCCAAAAAUAUAUAAAUACGGAGAUCCACGAUAUUAAACGUAUAUCGAUUUGAUAGACUAAUAAAUAAUAACAUGAUCGACACUCAACAUAUACGAUUAAAAAUUAAAAUAAACUUUUCGAGCUAUAAUGCAUGUCUGGGACAAACCGCAGAUUGCAGACGCAGGCCACACUUCCUGCGGUUAUGGCCGACCGCGUUGGUACCUGCAGUCGCCACCUAGUUUUUAUUCUGAGAUAGACUGCAAGCCGCAUAUGUCGCGAAUGUAGGUCUCAGUCGUUUCCAUAGAUUAUCCCGUUACGUUAGAUAAAUUAGCGAUCCAACUAAUUUUAAUUGAUGUCGCUUUUCGAAUUGUCACAUUCGAUUAACUUAUAAUUUUAAUUUUGGCCCAUUGUUUUAACCUCAGUACAAUAACAAUCAUAGAAGUAAUUAUAUUUGAGUGUAAACCGUGUUUCACGGCAAGAAAUUUAAUCGUGUUGCGAUUCCUUCUCACAUUAGUGUAACGUAACUAAAUUUUGUUGUAAUAUUUGACAUUUAUUUGCUUUUUAAUUCGGUAUCAUAGAUGUGACCGUGGUGGCCGAUAAGCCGAUCUUAGCAACAUAAUAUUUGUCUCGUUCUUUUCAUCGGAUUCAAUGGGAUAAGUACACGAGUAUGCGGAUAAUUUAGAUCUAUGUUUGUUAUUGUUCUGAAGUUUUGACCAAUUUCAACCUUACAUUUCAUGUGAUGAAUCUAUAAAAAUAAAUAAUCCUAUAAAGUACAUACUUAUUAUUUCGCGCAUUCAUAUAUUUGGUGUAUUUUUCAAGAUGAAUAGGAUUGUUCUUUCACUUCUUUCAUUUUAGCACGGAUUUUUCGGAUAGUGUGGAAACUUGCUGUUCACACCAUCACUGGCGCUGCGGUCGGCCACAACCGCGCGCCACGGCCACACGUUAAGACAUUGAUGUCGUGUUGCUUGGAAUCAUUUUUUAAUAAAUUCUUAGUAAUAGUGUGACUUAUAGUCUUCAGCUUACGGUUGCGGAUUUCUUUCCCUUUCCUCCAUUAAAUGAUUAUUUACUUAUACGGAGAUAGUAAAGUCAGAGUUAUUUUAAUAUCACAAAAUGAAUGUACACGUGGCCUUAAAUUACACAUAAAAACCGCAAUUCAAACACUCGACGCAAAACGAACAUGGAACGCUCAACUUAAUAUUAAAAUCCAAUAAGGCCCAGUUCUUAACCAAAGAGGGCAGUGGGGAGGAAGUGAUGGCAUAGCGAAGAAAGCAUGCUACUCCCUGGAUCCACGCCGUUGUUCCCGUCCCUCUCACAUUUAAGUCUAUAACGAGCCCUUGGGUAUAAUCAGCAUAACGCGUCGCAGCAUGAUUUUUGCUAUAAUUGACUCCUAUAAAUGUAAGAUCUUAUAUGGACAUAGUAUUAACUUGUCAAUUAUAAUAUAAGAAUUGUAUUCUGAAUGUUAAAGGAAACAAAAUAUUUUUGAAAUUAAAAAAAAAUAUAUAGUGAGCGAUUGAGACCGACGCUUGAUUUGCGCGGCGACAGGCAAAAAGGCUAUUUAAAAUAAUGGAAUCGGAGUUGCGAGUCUAUUUUUUUAUACUUUUGAAAUAUUGUUUAGUUAAGUAGAUUUUCUACAUUUCAUUGUUUUUUGCCCUUUAAUAACACCAUAAACAGAACAAGAUGGGAAAUAUGCGUUAUACCUAGGUUACUCUUGUUAAAUAAUAGGCGUGCGCUCGGUACAAUCAUUUAUUCCAGACUGGCUUGCGUGCAUACCCACGCACACAUACACAACAACUCUUUCAGUGUAGGACGAAAUUUCAGACAGAUUUCUUUGUUUCUUUUUUUGUGUCCAAAAGCUUAUAAAUAAUAAAUUCCUGUGAUAUGAUUUUAGUUCAUCCUACACAGUACCUAUUUCUUCUGGGUUUGAACGUGUUUAUUCCGAAUUAGCACUCAUGGAAACAUUGUUACAUUUUGCUUGUACGUAGCAGUCAUUAGUCACAGUCUUUUAUUAUAAUACUAGCUUUUUCCCGGGGCUUCACCCGCGUGAUUAAGUUUUUCGGGCUAAAGUUUUCCGUUAUAAAAGUCACGCUAUAUAUACUAUGUUCUUCCCAGGAUCUCAAAUUAUCUCCAUACCCAAUUUUAUCUAAAUACAUUGGGUAGUUUAUGAGUUUAACGCGUUCAGGCAGACAGACAAAUACAGCGGGGGACUUUGUUUUAUAAUAUAUUUUUGUAGAACUUUUAAGACCAACAACCUCGUCAUACAUCAUUGUUGCAUAACUUUAAUCGUUUAUGCAGCGCACGCAACGGAAGCUCUCAAAAGAAAUAAAUUUACACAGUUUUAACAAUAUUUUUUAUUACUACACCGUUCCCGUUGGUCAUAAAUAGGCUAUGCAACACAUAUAGAAUUUUUCAAUUCGAACCGCCAUUUCCGAAGAUUAGCGCGUUCAAAGAAACAGACUCUUCAGCUUUAUAUAAUAGUAUAGAUAUAGUUGUAUGGAGCUUGCAAAGCUUGCAGUUACUAUUAUAUAUAAAUCCGAUGUUUUUCGGCCUCCUGUCUAGCAAAAGCCGUCGUCGUCUGUUUCUGUCUCAUUUACAACCAUGGAAAGAUAUUUAUUUUUGCGGAAUUACAUCGCACGUACUCAUUUAGUGUAGUAUAUCAGUGACGCUUUACGAUAUCUGUGUUUCAAUAUACAUAUUGGGUACCGUUUCAAUGUUGUAUAAGAUUAAACAGUGGAAAUGUUUUAUAAUUUGUAGUUUUGUGUGAUGGGGAACGUAUCGCGACACACAUUAUUUUUGACCAAUAAAUAUUUAUGUAAACCUUGUAAAGAGGCAGAUAUUUUGUAUUAAUAGUAAUUAAAUUCAUAGAGUAUAAUAGUUGAUUUAUAUUGAUAGAAUGGUAUGGGCUUAAAUAACAUUUGAUCAGAACAUAUUUGCAUGCCUUGUAAUUUACGAGUACGACACGAGUUCGACAGAUUCAUUUUGUUCACAUACAGAGUAACAUUAGAUAAUCGUUAGUUAGGUAAAAAAUGCGGUCUAGGUCUUUUUAUUUUUCUAAUAUAGAACUAUUAAAUUUAAUUGAAAUGGUAUGUGUUACAUCAAACUGUAUAAUAUACAUGGAAUUAACAGAAGUACUGUGAUAUUCAUUCACUUUCACACGUAAUAGUAAAUAACGUUCUUGCAGACCUGUGUGGAGCCAUACCUGUAAUUAAUUAUUUAAGUUCGCGCUGUUUAUAUUCGCUAAUUUAUAUUAUUUAGGGCCUAAGCGGGUCAUUAUCGUGUACCGAAGGGCGCGCGGCCCCUGCCUGGUCCCUGCGCGGCCGCUCGCCGCUACAUAGGAUAUUUCAAGUUAGUAUAUUGUGCGACCUUUGUCGCCUCCACACAGGUCUCUAUUUUUUCCAUUAUAUGCAUAACUUCGUGAAUUUUGUUUUUCUCAUUGUUCGAAAUAUAACGUUUUAGACAGUUUAAAUAAAUCAGUUUCAGAUAAA